CCCAACCCCUUCCUCCAAACACUGACAAUGGCCUCCAACAGGGGCUUGGAUUCGAUCACUUUCAACGAAGUGGACGAAGCCGAUCAUCCUACGGCCACCUACAUUUACACUCAAUCAACAAGCCACCUCCCACUAGAGGGCGAUGGCAAGGGUCAUGUACGCAGCGGACGUAUAGAUCUCCUGCGCGAUGCUUCCAGCACAACAAAGUCGUGGUCCUUCAAGGCAUUCCUCGACACGCUCGCUGACGUCUUCCUUCCCACCGGGUAUCCGCACAGUGUUACUGAAGACUACACUCCCUAUCAGAUCUUUGACUCUCUUCAAGCCUUCAGUAGCUCUAUCGCGGGCCUCCUGUCAUCUAGAGCAGUUUUGCAAGGUGUGGGUGUCGGCAACGCCGAUGCAUCGCCCACUUCAGCUCUACUCCUUCAUAUUCUCCAGGACUCAUCCGGCCGUCUGGCCACUAUCCUUUUUGCACAUCGGGUUGGUACCGCGCUCGAGCCAGAGUGCAAGAUGUAUCGACUUGCUGCAGACGUUUUCAAUGAUUCAGCUAUGGUUCUCGACUGUGUCUCGCCUAUGGUACCAGCUGGCGCCCUUCGAGUGAUUGUCCUCAGUACAGCAGGAAUUCUUCGUGCCCUAUGCGGCGUCGCAGGCGGAAGUUCCAAGGCAAGCCUGAGCGCGCACUUUUCUCGGUGGGGUAAUCUGGCACAGGUUAAUGCUAAAGACUCUUCUCAGGAGACUGUUAUCUCUCUCCUUGGCAUGCUGGUUGGCUCCCUCGUCAUCUCGCGUGUGACAGGUUUCUAUUCAACGUGGAUCACCCUCUUGAUGCUUCUGGCUUUGCAUUUGAGUCUAAAUUACGCAGCCGUCCGCUCUGUCCAAAUGACGAGUCUGAACAGGCAGCGGGCAAACAUUGUCUUCUCCACCAUCCUUAACUCUGAUGAGGGAUUCAUGCAGCUGUUGAGUCACGGCGCCGGUGCUAGUACAAGCACACACAGCAACCCAUCUGCUUCCAAGGCAGCCAUCUCACUACCUGACGCAAGCACAGGCUCCUGCCGACUGCAGGUCCUCACGCCAUCCCAGGUUUCCAAACAAGAGAGGAUCUUCGAAACAGACGGCAUUCUCAGAUGGUCUUCUCCUGCUCCGGGCAGCACCGCGGUGGGACGCCCCUUUCACCCUGGGGUUGACAUUGGCACCUGUCGUAUCGGCAUCUCCCUCCACCAAUUCCUCCUUGGCCCAUCGUCCUCUUACCCCUCUUCUUUCUUCUUCUCCUGCCUCGCCCUCAGACCUAGUCAUUUCCCGCAGUCCAUGAAAACCAGCAUCCCUCUUCCCCAACUCUCUACUCUCUUCAAAAGCGAACAGUACAUUCUUUAUCUUGGUCCCGCAGGGAACAAAUGGCACGCACGGAUUCUUCUCAAAUCUACCUGUACCCCACAGGAUCAGCUGAAAGCCUGGGUGCAUGCCUUGCUCACUGCAAGAGUUCUUUCCUUCCAACUCUUUGCCCUCGGAGCAUCCUCAUCUGCGCAAAGAAGCAAACCGCAGAUGGAACAGGGCAUCGACUCUAUUCUCAACUCCAUCCACCAAACGCUUACCUUCCUGAAUCAGAAUGACCGGUACGAGCGGUACAUGGGUGCCCUGGAAGAUGCAGGAUGGGAUCUCACCGUCCGCGCGUUGGAGACGAGGCCGGGAAGGAGAGUUGGUUCGUCAACAUAGCACAGAAUUAACAGCUCUAACUCGAUUUGAGGUCCCAGGUGAACCCGAUCUCGCUCUCUCUCUCUCUGCCUCCCUCCCCCCCAACAACAACAUUUUGGCAUGCAUAUAAACAGAUAUGGCUUGUCUCAGCAGUGUCACUGUUGAAAAUAGAGGAAGAUCUGUGAUAAUGCAGCGCAAAAACCCAGGUCCGAAGGGGUCUCGUCGAUAUGGUUUACUCGGAACUCUAGGGGUCCGGAUGGGAGUCGGGAGGGAGGGCCCGCGGGG